GGUAACUUAAUUUACUAUUGUCGAACUUCCCCGUCGUCUUUAUGAGUUUGCAUUUGCACACCCACCAUUCGUUUCUCGAUUCUCCACUUCGAAAAUUGGCGGGAAAUCAAGCAAACACACUCUACUCUCUCCUCUUCUUUGAAUUCGCUUUUGACAUUCGCUAUCUUUCUUUGUAGAAGUUCCACCGGAGGUACGCAAAAAAGCAAUGGAAAACCCUAGCAGCGGUGUUCGAGGGGCGAUGGAGGAGAACACCUUGGCUAUUCUCGACACUUCCGAAGCCACUAAACACACUCGAGAUGCCGAUGAUGACAGAAUUGCUUUUCUCGAAGCUGUGCGUGCGGCUUCACUUUUGCCAGAAAAUAAAUCGCCACCGACAUUGUAAACCUCUUCUUUCUAUUUCUAGUCAUACAAGCAAAAUGUGUGAAGCAAUUUUCAAAAUCUUGAGGUUCGGGAAGUCCCUCGAACUGAUUUCAACAAGUUACCAGCUUUUGAAUGAGUUAGACAGGCAAUUCCCUAGGGUGUAUAUGAUGAAUACCAAUGGAUCCAGCAUGCCUCAUGAAUUAGUCGUGGUUCAGGAGGCUUGGACUCCAUUUGUGCUAGGCACUGACAUUUCAGAUAGUGAGAGGGCAGCGGCUAAUGAUCUCACUAGCGGACUACUUGAUUCCCAGGGCUUUCAUCAACUUCUGCAAGGCCUAGCAGAAGUCUCUGAUGUUGAAAAUUUCCAAGCGUUGGAUACCAAGGUCCUAAGUAACAUGUUAUUGUUUCAUUAUCUUGUCAAUGCCCUUGAAGGAGAUUUUGUGCCUCGAAAUCAGAUGUACAAAGAAACCAUGAACUGGGUCCUUGUACGGGAAUCUUUGCUUAACAUGAUUCUGUGUUCAAGGAAAAUGAACUACAAAGGAUUAAUGAAGGAUUGUGUGACCACCCUGUGUGGAUUCGGUCAAUUUCUUGCUGAAUAUGACAAUGCUGUCCAAUCUUCUGAGACUUCUAUGGCGAAACAACCUAAAGCUAUUGAUACUGCUUUGGCCACUGCGUUCCUUCAUUUCGGAAGGCUAACAUGUGCUGCCAUGCUGAAGCUUAUGGUAAUGGUAUUGGAGGUUGAUUUAUCGAAAAAGAAUGCGGAUAUGCAAGGUCAUAUUACAAGGGCUGAUGGUGUGAGAACCCCACUCGCAGAGAUUAUUCAGGACGAAUUGGCUUAUGAUAAAAACAUUCUUGCGCCAUUUCUUCAGGUCUUCAAGGACUCAAAGUGGAAACUGGAAAUUAUCGUGCAAUUUUUCUGGAAAUACAUGUCCAAGCCUUCUGUUCGUACUAGGAGGUCUAAUGGUCCUGCAGAAGAUGCAACAUUCUCUGGAGUAUUGAAGUGUAUUUCGAACAGCUCUAGUACCAAAAGUAUUACUAAGAAGAUUGGUGCACAUGCAAUUCAUCUUUUGUUAGCACAUGGUUUUCAGGCUUUCCUGUUGCUCUCUACUAAACAAACGGUUGAAGACAUCCCAGUUUCCAAAGAACAAAUGGCGGGUGGUUCAGUCGUGGAAACUUGCAAGAAUUUGAUAUUAGUUUUUAAUUGCCUCAGGACGUUGGACAAGCAGUUGGAAAUUUCAUCAUGCGCAAAAGAGGCCAUUUUUGUAGCUGCAAAUAUCGUGUCCAAAAAGUUAUAGAGCUUGAAUGAACUUACUUCUUGAGAAGAUUAAUAGGAGAUAUGAAGGGUCACCUACAGUAGCAGGAACCAUCCUCUUGUCAAAGUUAAUAGUAGACGAACAAAAAGGCAGUAUUGAGAUAUUUCACAUUAUGAAGAUAUGCCAUGCACAGGUAAGAAAACCUAUUUCAUAGUUAAUCUUAACCUAGUUGAGUAGAUCAUACAACACUAAUCCAGCAUCUUCCAGCCACUUGAUUAGAAUAUUCAGUAUUCAUCGUACUACUUAUUCCAACUUAAGCAUUCUAGAGGACAAAUAGUUUGUUAAUUCAAAACCAUUUGUGUCAUGUUCAUAAGGAGUUUAUUUUACACGAGCCUACCACCCUCCAAAACAACGAUGUACUUUAUUUGCAUCUUGUAAAUUAGAUCAUGGUUAUUGAUCUUGAUUUUGCUGACAUUUAUUCAGUUUAAACCUGAGGAUUAGAAUUGAAGAGGUUAAAACUAACAAUGGGAGCUGAACAAUUUUUUUAAGUCCUCGAAAGAAUUCUUAGCAAAGCCUUGAGAGCUUGCUCUGGUCUUAGAGAUGAAAAGGUAUGAGAAAGAAAAUUAGAUACUGUCAAUUGUCAGAGGAGCAAGUUUGCAUACAACCCCCCGGCCAAGCUCAAGAGGACAUAAACAUCUCCACCUUGAUGUAAAGAAUCUGUCAGCUCAUCAAGCAACUCCAUCUUGUUAGCCCACGAAGAAUCCCAGCCAAAUCUCAAAUUGUAGAAAUCAAUAGAAACCCAUUACGAGUCUUCUGAAGCCUCAACUGUAUUCCUGAAAUGAAAGAGAAAAUCACUGUCAAAUUACCAUUUUCCUGAACAUCCUGCAGCAGGAAGGAGAGCUCGUAUAUUGGUAGAUUUCCUUACUUAGACGGUUGGGAGUCAAUCUGCAUUGUGACUGGGCCAUCAUUCACCAAAUUGACCUUCUCAAACAUCAGUGCCCAAAAUAUCAAAACUGUAUACUCUAGUAAAUAUCAGAGAGUUACUCGCAAUCCAAAACUGAGCAUAGCGAGAUUACCUUCAUCAUUGCUCCAAACACUCCAUCUGCCCACAGGAAAAGGGAACAAAGACAAGAUUCAGUAAACUCUUUAUACUACUGGACCACUGGUUGAACCCGUUCCUAUUUAGUAUAUAGACUGAAUUUCAUACUAGGGAAGAUAGGAUACCUUUUAUCGCAUCUGGGUUGUAGGAUUUACCGAACCUCUCGACCACAGAAGCGUAGAAAGGUUUAGCCCUUUGGGGAGGCAUUGCCACAUGAAAGUCCGGCUUGUUCCCCUUCAACAUUCCAUACAGUGUAAACUGGCUGACUGGUUGCAAUCCACCAAGUAUAAGUUAAUAAGUGGAUUAACUCCGAUUCACAUUCUAGGUACAAAGUUCGAAGCAAACCCCAAACCUCUUUUCACUUACCUAAUAGAACCUCGUAGUUUUUCUGCAUCACCUGAAAGAAAUAUCAAGGAAAAUAGUAAAGCAAAUCCUGAAGCUUUUGGUUUUUCGGAAUAAGGAAGCAAGGAGUGUUUGUAUAAUUAAAUUACGUUUAAGUCCCAAGCUUUGCCGGUACUCUCAUUUGGGAACAACCUCAUAUUUAGGACCUUACGGCAUCUGAAAUUCAAUUUGAAAAGAAGAAGUUCUAAUGGAGGAUGGAAUCAGUAAAGAAAAGAGAGUGGGUGUGAGAGAUGGGUAGAGUAGAUUACAUGUACUCAGCGUCGGCAUCGGAGUCGGAUUCGUGAAGGCCGACGAGCACGAGGAGGCCCGGGCCGAUCUCUGAAACGGUGCGGCCAUCGACCUGUGAAAUGCAGUAUCUCACACCGGCGAUAUAGAAAAGCAUUAAGAGAGGAAAAGAGAGAGAGAGGAGACCUGGACGCUUGCAGAGGCGACUCGCUGAACAACAGCUCUCAUGGAUCUAAUGGGGUGUAGUUUUCUGUUGUUGCUGAAUCUGAAUAGUGUGGUUCGCUUGGUACUUACGCUGGCUGCGAACAAUGGCAGGUUUGCUACGCUAUUCAUUCUUUUUUGGGGAUUGGGAUUUUGUAAAAUUGUAGCCUGUAGGAAGCACGUUGACGAAAAUGAAAAAAUGUGAAAAUAUUUAACAUAUUAUUAUAUUUUGUUUUACCAAAAGUUUAUAACCAUCAUCUACAA